UAUCAGCAAGACUGCUUGAACGAGCACAACCGAUUACGUCGCAUACAUGGUGUUCCAGACCUUCAAUGGUUAACUCCGCUCCAAAUAUCUGCAGAAAUUUGGGCAAAUCAACUUAUAGCUACUGGCAGUAUGUAUCCAAGUGAUACUGUUCACGGCGAAAAUCUCUAUCACGGAGAUUUUGCCAAUCCUUCUACCGCUAAUGUUACACAAAUGGUUGGCAUAUGGUAUAGCGAGGUCGCUAACUAUGAUUUUUCGUCGCCUUCAUUCAUUUCUGCGGCAAAACAUUUUACACAACUGAUAUGGAAAUCUACUACACACAUAGGUUGCGGCCGAAGCAUUAUUGGAAAUAACGUCUAUUUAGUAGCUCAUUAUUCUCCACGUGGUAAUUUUGUUGGUCAGUUCGGUCAAAAUGUUCUACCAGCCACUAGUUAA